CGGGCCUCUGGGAAGUGUAGUCAGCCACCGCCCGGGAGCUGCGGGACCGAGGCUCCGCGUGCGCAGGCGCACUUCCGGCUCUGCCCCCUCCCCCGCCGCUGCGGCCAUUGUCCAGCCCCAGUGCGGCUAAGGCCGCUUUGGGCCGCCCCUCCGCACAUCAGAAUUGGAGAGGACUGAACCUGCAGCGGGUGCAGGAGGAGCUGGACGCGAGCGCGGAGUGGGCCCGAGGUCCCGAAAUCCGAGUCCUCAGGAGGCGCCCCAGUCUGGGAGCCGGCCCCGGCGAGGCAGGAAUGGCCCCGAGGCCUCCGACGGCCGCGCCUCAGGAAUCAGUGACAUUCAAAGAUGUGGCUGUGGACUUCACCCAGGAAGAAUGGCACCAUGUGGACCCAGCUCAGAGGCGCUUGUACAGGGAUGUGAUGCUGGAGAACUAUAGCCACCUGGUUUCUCUUGGAUAUCAAGUUUCCAAGCCAGAGGUGAUCUUCAAAUUGGAACAAGGAGAAGAGCCGUGGAUAUCAGAGGGAGAAAUCCAAAGACCUUUCUGUCCAGACUGGAAGACCAGGCCUGAAGCCAAAUCAUCACAUCUGCAACAGAGCAUAUCUGCAGGAUCCCGUAGCACAGAUGGCCUUUCGCAUGCCACAUUUGAAAGCACUUGGGAUGUUAGUAGCCAGUUAGAGAGACACCAGGAAACCUGGAAAAGAUACCUGGGCCCAGAUGCAUCCAACCAGAAGAAAAUAAUCACACCAGAGGAAAAUUUUCAGCAAAAUAAAUUUGGUGAAAAUUCUAGAUUGAACACAGUCCUGGUUACACAACUGAACAUUUCUUCAGGGCCUACUGAAUGUGAUACACUUGGAAGCAAUUUGGGACAUAAUUCAGAUAUAAUUAAUCAGAAUAAUAUCCUUGCAAAAAAGAAACCUUAUAAAUGUGACAAAUGUAGAAAAGCCUUUAUUCAUAGAUCAUCACUCACUAAACACGAGAAAACUCAUAAAGGCGAAGGAGCUUUCCCCAAUGGUACAGAUCAGGGAAUUUAUCCUGGAAAGAAACACCAUGAAUGUACUGACUGUGGAAAAACCUUCCUCUGGAAGACACAACUUACUGAGCAUCAGAGAAUUCACACUGGGGAGAAGCCCUUUGAAUGUAAUGUGUGUGGGAAGGCCUUCAGGCAUAGCUCUUCCCUUGGUCAGCAUGAGAAUGCUCACACGGGAGAGAAACCUUACCAGUGCAGUCUCUGUGGGAAAGCCUUCCAGCGCAGCUCCUCCCUUGUUCAGCACCAGAGAAUUCACACUGGAGAGAAACCCUAUCGAUGCAAUUUAUGUGGGAGAUCUUUUAGGCAUGGCACAUCCCUCACUCAGCAUGAGGUCACACAUAGUGGAGAGAAACCCUUCCAGUGUAAGGAAUGUGGGAAAGCCUUCAGUCGAUGUUCUUCCCUUGUCCAGCAUGAAAGGACUCAUACAGGAGAGAAACCUUUUGAAUGUAGCAUAUGUGGGAGGGCUUUUGGUCAGAGUCCAUCCCUUUAUAAACAUAUGAGGAUUCAUAAGAGAGGCAAACCUUACCAAAGCAAUAACUACAGCAUAGAUUUCAAGCACAGCCCAUCUCUUACUCAAGAUGAAAGCACUGUCACUGAAGUGAAAUCCUAUCAUUGUCAUGACUGUGGGGAAGACUUCAGUCACAUUACUGACUUUACUGAUCAUCAGAGGAUCCAUACUGGACAGAACCCCUAUGAAUGUGAGCAGAACUUUAGUCAACAACCUAUUUCUCAUCCUGGAGAGAAACCCUAUCAGUGUAAUGUAUGUGGAAAAGCUUUCAAAAGGAGUACAAGCUUCAUAGAACAUCACAGAAUUCAUACUGGAGAAAAACCCUAUGAAUGUAAUGAAUGUGGAGAAGCCUUCAGUCGACGCUCAUCACUUACUCAGCAUGAGAGAACCCACACUGGAGAGAAACCCUAUGAAUGUAUUGACUGUGGGAAAGCCUUCAGUCAAAGUUCAUCACUCAUUCAGCAUGAGAGAACUCAUACUGGAGAAAAACCCUAUGAAUGUAAUGAAUGUGGGCGAGCCUUUCGAAAGAAAACAAAUCUGCAUGAUCAUCAGAGAAUUCAUACUGGAGAAAAACCCUAUGCUUGUAAGGAAUGUGGGAAAAACUUCAGUAGAAGUUCAGCACUAACUAAACACCAGAGAAUUCAUGCACGAAAUAAACUGUAGAAGCCCUGAAAUUAAGGAAUGUGCAGAAAACUUUAGCUAAACUAUUGUUCUUAUUCAGUAUCACGUGAUUCUUACUAGAGAGGAAGCUUGAGAAUGUAAUGGGUGUGUGUGUGUGUGUGUGUGGUGUGUGAAGAAAGUUCUAUGCUAGUAGACAAUGUUUUUUUUAAUAAAUAGAAGGCACAUUCUCGAAUCUGAUUACAGACUUUUAUAAAAACAACUAUAAACAUCAUAUAUAACCAAUUGGAAAUGAUAUGCUUAUGUAUUGGACUUUUUAAAGCUUUUGAAUAUAUGUACGCAGGAGAUCAACUUUGAACAGUUUGACUUGUAACUCUGUGUUUACAGCCUUUUUUAAUAAAACUCCUGCAGUAAUGACCAAAACUUAUUUUAAAAUUGCUUGACGACCGCAUUCAACUGCAGCUCUUACAUUAAAUUCACCAUGGAAACCAAUUCCACCUCCCAGAAUCAACCAUUCAAAGAAUGAGAUCAGCUGGCCCAACCACUUCAUUGUACAGAUGAAGAAACCAAAAGCCAAAGAUGUGAAGUGGUUUGCACAGUGUUAUACAGCUUAUGAUGGCAAAGCUGGGUGGAGAAAGCAGGUCUCCUGGAUCUUUGGCCCUGUGGUCUAGCCACUGAAAAGGUAUUUUGGAAUUCAGAGGGCUUUAAAGUAAAUUUUAAAAUAAAUCAGAUGCACAAACUAAUGAGCACUUGAGUUGGAUACUCUAGGAAUUCAUAAAAGCAUAAGAGGCAGCAAAAUACAGAGGCAGAUUUGUCACAGACUUAUUCAGAAAAACUUGUUGGAAGCUUACAUACCAAAAUGUUAACAAAAACUGUGAAUAGUUCAACUGCUGGUGACUUUUUUCCUUUUCCCAAGUGUAAUAUUUAUACAUUCAACUAACAUAUGUCAGUUUCAUAGACCUGCUCAGUUUUCUUACUGUGCUUUUUAUGACACUCCCAUGAGAAAGCACUGCCCCAAGCUUCCUAUAUUGGAUCAAUGGGAAAACAGCACAAAACUAAAGAGGAAACAUUUUCCCCAAGUUAAUUUUACUGUGGAGAAGUAUAAAUGUAAUUACCCAUUGUCAUAAAAUCUAUCUUUAAAUCGGUUUAGAGAACCCACGUAAUGACCCAUUUUGUGUGCCAAGGAAAUACUUCAUCAUAAAAAAUUUAACUUUUUUAGUUAUAUGCUGCUCUUCCAUCAGUAAAGCAUGAGAUAAGCAUCAGUAGCCCACUCCAGUCCCUAAUGUUCUCUCAUGCCUACCAUAGGCUAUCCUAAAAGAAUCCCACAGGUGCCAACAGUGGAGAUAAAUUUGGAAGCAAUAGGGACUUUACUCCUUUCACACAAGAGCCUCUCCUCUCUGAAGAUAAGUAAAUUUUCCCACCCUGAUGAAUCAUGGAGAGGAAUGAUAUGGGUGAUGUUGAUGGUAAACCUUUCCUACUGUCCUCUUUACAUUCCAAGUAGCAGGAUCCAUUAUCCUUCUCUCAUCCUAGACAACAGGAAGUAACUCUCAAAUAUUCUU